AUGAUUGUGCCCAACGUGAGCCUCAACGGCUGCACAAGGACCAAUAGCGCGCUGUGCGCGGGUGCUGGAGACAGGAAUCUGGAAGCGUCAUACCGCACCACCCUAAGCCCGACCGGGAACCUAAUAGUCGCUGUGUGUUUGGGCUUUAUCGGUACCUUCGGAUUCCUCAACAACCUACUGGUUCUCGUCCUCUUCUGCCGCUACAAGGUGCUGCGCUCGCCUAUCAACCUGCUACUAAUGAACAUUUCCUUCAGCGAUCUGCUUGUGUGUGUGGUGGGCACUCCGUUCAGUUUCGCGGCAAGUACGCAAGGAAGAUGGCUCAUAGGAAAAAGUGGAUGUGUAUGGUACGGCUUUGCCAAUUCACUAUUUGGCAUCGUGUCCCUCAUCUCCCUGGCCGUGCUCUCCUACGAGCGCUACAGCACCAUGAUGGGCCCAACCAAGGCAGACUCCACCAACUACCGGAAGGUAGCCUUGGGCGUCGCUUUCUCCUGGUUCUACUCCUUGAUGUGGACCCUGCCGCCACUCUUCGGCUGGAGCCGCUACGGCCCCGAGGGGCCCGGUACCACAUGUUCCGUGGACUGGAAGGCCAAGAGUGCCAACAAUGUCUCGUACAUCCUCUGCCUCUUUGUUUUCUGCCUCAUCAUCCCCUUCCUGGUCAUAGUCUACUGCUAUGGUAAGCUGUUGUAUGCAAUCAAACAGGUUAGCGGCAUCAACACAGCUAUGAGCAGGAAGAGGGAGCACCGUGUUCUUGUCAUGGUAGUCGCCAUGGUGCUAGUGUACCUGAUGUGCUGGGUGCCCUACGGGGUCAUGGCCUUGCUGGCCACCUUCGGACGCCCCAGCCUGGUCACCCCUGAGGCCAGCAUCGUGCCGUCGGUCUUGGCCAAAACCAGCACGUUCAUCAACCCCGUUAUCUAUAUCUUCAUGAACAAGCAGUUCUACAGGUGCUUCCGAGCCCUGCUGAGGUGCCAAGAGCCCCAGAGGGGUUCCAGCGUCAGGAGCUCCUCCAAGGCGCCGACCAAAGCUGUCCGUGGUGGCACCCACAAAACCAACGACAACAACAUCACCUUCGAGGUGGCCUCCCUCGGGCAGCCCACCAGCGUCGUCCCCCAGCUGGGGAACGCAACUGUGUACGCAGCUGUCCCCGCUUCCUCUGACAUGGUCAAGCCCAACAUGGUGUCGCUAGUGGCCCACUACAACGGCGAAGGUCUGGGGCCGUCAGGGGUUACGACCUCUAGGAACCAAUUACAGGGAGGGGAGGUGGAUCCAGAGGGGCCGUCAAAGUGGAUUUAG